GAUGUGACUUGUGAAUAUAGGCUUUUGCUUUGUAUUAGAGAACCGACACAUUCAGUAAUCGUUUUACGUUCAUGCUUGCUUGUCAACUUGUGGUUUAUACGCAUCGAGGAGACAGACAUUUACGUUAUAAUUUUCCGACCAGAUGAGUUAAAUGAAUUCUAGGUAACAAGCAACUGCCUAAAACAUGAGUUACCUACAUUCAGGUAUACUGUCAACCUACAACAGUCUCACUGACAAACACCUAGCUGGAUAUUUUAAUAACACAAGAAUAAGGAGACACCUCCAGAGAGUUGGACUGAUUACAAGAAGUGGGAGGAUUGUUCCUGACAAAGAAUAUAGACUCAAGAUAAUCCGCAGAGAUCACCAGAGACACGUGAGAGAAUGUCUUGCCCAAGCAAUCUUCCACAAGGUGCUCGACAUGGAGCGCCACCACCAGAUAGAAAUCAAAAGAAAGCUGGAAGAUUUUUCAAGGAGAGAACGGGUACAUAAAAUCAAGGUGGAACGCUCCAAAAGAUAUGAUGAAGAUAUUAUUCCUUUACUAUCUCCUAAGCCACCAUCUGCUCCUAGAAAUGGCCACAAACAGCCAUCUGGUACAGAAGGAGAACAUUCGGAAUCCUCUGAAUCUUGUGGUGUUCUACAGCCAGGUUCCUCCAGACCUAAGACUGCUCCUGGGAAAAUGCAGCGACCUCAUCGGCUCCAGCCCAUCAACAGAAACACUGCAUCUGUUCGGCGGACUUCCCCUGUAUCCAGGCACAGAGACUCUUCAGAUGACACAGAACAGCAGUUCAGCUGCAUGCAGGACAACGAUCUGAGGCCUGUGACAAUGGCUGAGUUUUCCCGUGGAAUAUCUCCUUACCAGCUCCCCAUUAUAAACAAUUACAUUACUCCUGUUCCUCCAUCAACUAAGAGAAUCUUAAAAGGCACUCCAAAUGGAACGAUGAGGGGCCGGAGGCUGCGUCCCACUACAGCCCCCAGUAUUCCUGCUGUAGAAAAGCAGGACUCAAAAUUCCACAAGACCACAGUGCACAGUAAUGUAUCAGUGACCAUGGUGUACUAUGGGAAGACAGUCCACCUGUCUCACAAUGACAUUGACAUGAGGGAUGAAGUGAAAGUCUUCCAGCAGCACUGUGGAGGAGAGAAUGUUUGCAUUUACAAAGGGAGGCUGGUGGAAGGAGAGGCCUUCCAGUUUGUCUCCAGGCGCCAUCACGGUUUCCCCUUCAGUCUCACCUUCUUCCUGAAUGGCUUGCAGGUGGACAGACUGAGCUCUUGUUGCGAGUUUAAGCACCAUAAAGGAUCCCGACUAGGUGGGAAACAUGGUCACUUUGGAUUCUCGGGUGUGGACGGAGCUUCUCCCUGUUACAAGUGUAUUAUAUCUAUGGGACUAGAUAAGAAGCCCACUCCCCCAAAAAGAACCAAAGAAGAAAAGGGGAAAGGGAGCCUCCCUGGUAAUUCUCAAGAGAUAGCUGAAGAGGUGAAAGAGGUGGAUGAAGAAGAAACUAAACAAGAUAAUCAGUCUCAUUUAGAAGCAGAACUCAGAAAGGAGCAUGUUGAGGAUGACUCCAUGGAAACAGAGACAAAGGACAUUGACAAGGACAAAGCCAAAGAUGACUACGAGGAGGACUUUGAAGCUGAUGAUGAGAGGCCAGAUGUGGACAUGGAGGAAGCAAAACACUUAGCUGUGGAUCCUUCCUCAUCCAGAGAAAAAAGAGAUUCCGUAAUCAAUGACAAAGAUGAGAGAGAAAUAGCCGAUCAACAGAUAGAGGAUGAAGAGAAAUAUUCUGACAGCGAGUUUGAAGAGGACGACACGGCUGAAGAUAAGAAAUCACCAUCAUGCUCAUCUGGAAGUACUUCCUCAAGCGGCAGGGAAGAUUCUGACAGCGAAGCUGAGGAGGUGGACGAAGCUGUGAAAAAGCAAUCAGAGAAUGAGACAGGACAGCUUCCUGAGGAGCAGCUCCAAGUGGAGGGUGCAGGGACAAACUCGGAAAAAAAAGCCCUAGAAGAGCAAACGGAAGACCACAAGAAUGAGACCAGAUCUCUAACACCCCCCCAAACAACAACAGGAGACACUGAGGCACAUGGAAACAAUGCAGAUAGCACUGACAGAGCUGAUAUGGAGCAGGAGGGAAAAGAGGUGGGAAAAUCUGGUGCUGCAGUAGAUAUUGGGGACAAUGCAGCCAAGCCAGUGGAGUGUUCAGGGGACACAGAGCCAGAGAGAGGUGAGUAGUCUGACAUUUGAACUGUGUGCUGCUGUGUGUCUCACUAAACUUUGAGCUUUCUCAACCUCAGUCAUGGGGUCCCUUGUACAACUGCAUGCAUCAAAAACAAUUUGGCAACUCUUCAAGGAAACUGCAAUGUGCUGAAGCAUACUGGGCUUGCUGUGGACAGUGUGAAAUAUUCUGUGUUCAUAUAUUUUGAAGUCAUUUUGGUAAAUCCAGUAUUUUCAGAAUGAUCAUUUGGUAUUUAUAUAAGAGCAUGAAUCUAUAUCAAUUUGAUUUAGGCACUGAGUGUAAAAUGUCAAUUUUACUAUUAGAUCUGUUAGUUAUGUCAAUGUGUUUGGUUUCUGAAAAUACUGAACUGCAUGUUGCAAAUGUCUUCAUAUCAUAUGAUCUGCUGCAUGUUUCAAAAUAAAUAAUACACUGGCUAAUUUUGCUGGUGGGAAAAUAAUAAUAAUAAUAAUAAUAAUAAUAAUAAUAAUAGUAAAUUGAAGCCAAUUUAGACAUGUAUAAAAUCAAGUGUUUUUGCAAUAAAAUAAAAAAUAAAAACCCAAGCUCAAUCAUGUUUUGCACAUUUUAAAUGUUUGUGUUUGACUGAAUCAUCAGUUUCUUUUUUUCCCCCUCAAUAUAUUUGGUACCAGCACAUGUUUCCAGGUCUGGUGAAAGGAGGUACAUGUUGCAUGGAUUUUGAGCUACAGUCAGCAAAAGCUUUAAUUAAUCUGGAUUUUAAAAAAACAAAACUUUUAAAUGUAUUUAAUAAUUAAUGUCAUGCUAAAAUAUUUUUACAAAGCUAGAUAAGAGCACAUCUUAGUCUUUAACUUUACGAUCAGACAGGCUAUGUGUCUAUGUAUUGGUCUAAAACAUACUUAACUGUAGUGAAGAGAACAUGUAUUUUGAUUUUAAGCAAUCAUGGUUCUUAGUCAGAUUAGGUUUGUUGCCACAGGAAAAUAAAAGUAUGUUUUCUUGGGCUGCUGAUUGGCUCAUUCCGUUAAGGCACUACACCAUGGUGCAUGGAUGAACUCACAGGUGUAAGCUGGGCUAUGGCAAUGCUGACUGUGGCCAGUAACACCAUACAGCGAAAUGUAAUUGCUGAUUGCAUCGGUCAGCUUGCAGGAUUGUUCAGCAGGUUUAGGAUCUGCAUUUCAUUGUUGUUUAGCAACACCCACUUGUUGAUCAGGUGCCUGUGGACUGCUUGUCGCAUAUUUUCCUCUGACUUAACUAUGUAAGCUUGCCUGUGCGCUGUGGUGUGGUGGAAAUGUAGUCACAUUUUAACGAGUUUUAAAGGUAAAACAGUCUACCUCCAGAAACCUCAAAAGUUUAUUUUCUGACAUGUACCUCCUUUGCUAGAACUGAUGUAGUUACAUGCUUGUAUUACUGAACAUUUCUCCUGAAUGCAAUUUUGUAUAUUUUCCUUUUUACGACUUUAUAAAAUAUUGUAUUUGAUUGCAUUAAUUUCACAUUUCAUCAUCAUUCAUAAUUGUGUUCAUGAUUUAGUUCAAAGCUUUAAAUUAAGCAUAAGGAAAUACAUGUGUAUUAUGCUGUAAUAUUGGCAAAAAAAGAAUCUGCUUCUAAAAAGGUCAUGUGUUAUUGGAUGUUUGCAUGCAAUCUCUCAAUCUUAAUUUCUACUUAGUCUGUUCCAGGUUUAAUUUGAUUCAUUAUUGUUAGCUAAACCUGUUUGAAAUCUUACUUCAUGCUAAUCUUUCGAAUG